AUGAGUUCUCGCAAAAUCUGUAAGGCGCAGAGGCGGCCAGCAGGAGCAAGCGAGGACGAUUACAGACUGAAGGCCCUACCUUUUGUCCUAAAGGGAGAGGCCAACACUUGGUUCAUGCGCCUGCCAGCCGACUCUAUCAAUACAUGGGCCGAUUUCAAGUCAGUUUUCCUAGCCGAGUUUUUCCCGUCUUCAAACACAAGUGCAUUGAAGAUGAAAAUAUCGUGCAUAAGGCAAGAAUAUGAUGAAACCCUGAGCGAGUACUGGGAGAAGUACAUGAGUCUUCUGGAGUCAUGCCCCAACCAUCGCAUGAAGGAGAUAGAGGUGCACCACACUUUCAAUGAGGGGAUGAACAAGGAAACCAAGGAUCUGGCGAAUUCAUCAUCCGGAGGCGAUUUCACCCAGUUGAGAGUCAGUGAAGCCAAAAAGGUGUUCUGCAAGCUGUUAAAUGCGAAGAAGACGUACGACAACGCAAGGGAUGGGUACAGCAGAGAAAGUGUAGCAACCCACAACCAAAACCAAAAUCAGUACCAUAACAACCACGACCAGCACAACCCUCCUGCCCAGUAUAAUCAGUACCCACAGAACCAAAACCAACAAAAUUUCUCGGGCUACCAGUCAAACCCACCACCCCAGUAUAACCAGCACCAGAGCUCAAACCAAUUCCAUCACCCAAACAAGUCGAGGAGGUCUAUGGAGGACAUGAUGGGAGAGAUGCUUGCCUCGCAGCAAAGCAUUAAAAGCGACUUGCAGUCCAGUAAUGAAACAAUGCAAGGAAUGCAAAGUGCCCAAAAGGAGCAUAGGGCAAAUAUGGAUAUGAUGAACAGGCAGUUGGCCCAGCUCGCUAACUCGGUGGGCGAAAUGAAAGGGAACUCAGGAAAACUCCCAUCUACAGUCCAUGUACCUGAAAAGACAAAUGUGAGUAAGAUUACACUGCGGUCCGGAACAACCUAUAAUGGACCUCAACUCAAGAACCCUAUUGGGGAAUCUAGUAAGGAAACGGUGCUGAGCGACACCAUCUCAGCGGAAGAACUCAAGAGGCCUCUGCCUCAGAUGGAGGAUCCGUUCUUUCUAAACGAGAAGCCUACUGCGGAAGGAAAGGAGGGAGAAACACAACCUGGAAAUGAGCAACCGGAAGGAGCAAUGCCCACAUCGGAACCUCAAACCCAGGAGGCACCAAGGGAAAGUCCACAAGGACUAACUGGAGAGGCUAAAGGAGAAAAACCGUUUCCAUAUCGGUUUGUGACGAAGAGGAAGAAGGAAAACCCUGUGGAUUUCAUGUCGAUCUUUGGAAAGCUGGAUGUCACCAUACCAUUCCUCCAAGCCGUGAGACUGCCCCCUCUGGGGAAGUUUAUAAAGGAGUUUAUAGCCGGAAAGGCCCAGGAGGAUGGAAAAAUCAUGGUGGAAGGAAUAGCGUCAACCAUUGUACAGGAGAAACUACCACCCAAGAGAGCCGACCCAAGGGGUAAAAUUGUCAAAUACUAG